AUGCCUUCGAUGCAUCUCUUCACGUUCGGUAUCCUUGCACUUCUUCUCCCAAAUGCCAUAGCUGCACCUACAUCCAACACGGCAGCAUACGCAGUCAAAGAGAGACACGAUGCACCACAAGGCUGGACCAAGAUAACCUCUCCCGUCGAGUAUCAGACCAUCAGUCUUCAGAUUGCUCUCAAACAGCAAAACUCCGACGCCCUCACAAAGAUCGCCCUGGAAGUCUCUGAUCCGUCCCAUCCCCGCUAUGGCCAAUACCUCUCUGCCAAGCAACUUCUAGGACAUGGCAUCGAUACUGCCGCACUCAGCUCCACCAGAGACUGGAUCAACGUCGACUUGCCUGUUCACAAGGUCGAGAGCCUCUUGAACACCACCUACUUCAAUUACCGUUACACGGACGGCUCGACAUUGGUUCGCACUUCAGAGUGGUCGCUACCCGUCUACCUACAUGGAUAUGUUGACCUGAUUCAACCCACCACCUCUUUCUUCCGGACUCCCAAGCCGCUAAUCCACCCAACACAUGAGCAUGUUCCGAUGAGACGGCAUCAAAGAGAGGACUUGUUGGAGACGAUGCCGAACGAUGCCUCAGGUUCUUCAGCUUGCAACAUCGGCAAACUUUGCGACCCUACUGAGACUUCGCUUCGUUGUCUGCGCUGCCUGUACGGAACGAUGAACUACACUGCCCAGGUACCCGAGAGAAACAUGAUCGGCGUCACAAGUUAUCAUGGCUUAGCUCAGAGGCGAUCCGACAUCAGACAAUACCUCAAGAAGUUCCGUCCGGAAGCAGUAGAAGUCGCCGAUACAUUCCCCAUUGUCUUCACCGCAGAUGUUUUAGAUCAUUAUGAGAAUUUGACAGAUCCCACAGAUCUCGCCGAGGCUGAUAUGGAUGCAGAGUUGGCCAUCGGAAUCUCUUGGCCAACCUCAUUCAUGGCAUGGUCAACUGGCGACGAUUUCAUUGAGUGGAUGGUUUACGUGUUGGCACAAGACAGUUUGCCGCAAGUCAUCAGCACUUCUUGGGGGGCCAACGAACACACGUGGCCGCUCGCGACAACGACACGUUUAUGUGAUGGCUACAAGGAGCUUGGCGUUCGUGGGGUCUCACUUAUCUUCGCCAGCGGUGAUGCUGGUGUGGCCGGUGUCCGAGACGAGUCUUGCGGUUCCGAAUUCCAUCCGACAUUUCCUGCAUCUUGUCCUUGGAUCACGGCUGUCGGCGCCACAAAGGGCUUUGAGCCUGAAGUUGCCGUGUCAGCUUAUGGUAGUGGUGCUGGCUUUUCCAAUCACUUUGCCAUGCCAAAGUACCAAGUCGACGCCGUCCACGGGUAUCUUGAAGGGAUAGGUGAUAUGCACGCAGGAAUGUACAACCGCUCUGGACGGGCCUAUCCAGAUGUUGCAGCCCAAGGAGCACGGACCACCAUCGUGACGAGUGGUAUCAAGACAUCCAACAGCGGCACGAGCGCAUCUGCACCCAUCUUUGCAGCUGUGAUUGCAUUGGUCAACGAUGCACGCAUCGCAGCUGGCAAACCCGUGCUUGGCUUCUUGAACCCAUGGAUAUAUGGUGCAGCUUCUGCAGCUUUUACUGACGUCGAAGAUGGUUCUUCAGUCGGUUGCGACACGGAUGGUUUCCCAGCUGCCGAUGGGUGGGACGCUGUCACCGGCUUCGGUACUCCGAACUUUGACAGACUCAUCGAAGCGGCAUUCAGUGUGUUCGAGACUUGAUGGAGUCGCCAGGAGGAAUAUCGGUUUAGGGGAUAGGACUGUUAUCGACAGAACCGGACGACGGCAUCAUUGACCGCAUCGUAUUUCUUUGUUGCUCACAAUCACAAUUGAAUUGAUAUGAAUUUCCUGC